AUGAGGACACUGCUGCUGCUGUGGGCGACGACCUUGUGUCUCUGUGUGUUUGUCGCCGCUGACACACAGGCAGACAAAUCAUCCCCUGAGAAGGAUGGAGUUUUACAGCUGAAGAAAGGAAAUUUCAACAGGGUACUGAGAAAACAUAAACAGCUGCUGGUGCACUUCUAUGCUCCUCUGUCUGGAGAAGGCUAUCGAGUCUCAGCAGCCUUCGAAGGUGCUGCUGCAGAGCUUCAGGGGUCAGAGGUCAAACUGGCAGUGCUUGAUGUGACAAAGGAGAAGGACCUCGCUAAAGAACUCAAUGCAACAGGACUUCCCACAAUCAGGCUGUACCUUUCCGGAGAUAAACACAACCCUGUGUUCUGUCCUGCUCCUAAGAGCUCGGCUUCCAUCUUGACCUGGCUGAAGAGGAGGGCUGGGUCUGCUGCUGACCUCAUCACUGAUCUUAGCCACUCCGAGGUCUCAGAGGAACUGACAGUGGUUGGAUUCUUUAAGGAGCUGAACAACGAGUACAUCCAGGUGUUCUACGCUGCAGCGAUCGACCUUCCUGAUGUUAACUUUGCUGUGACACAGAACAAUGAAGUUAUCAGCAAAUAUGGUGUCACAUAUGAUGUAGUACUGCUACUCAAAAAGUCUAAGCUCAUCCAGGCUUACAAAAUGAUGCCUCAGACAUCCAAAGAGGAGCUGGUCGUUUUUAUCACCGUCUACCAGAUGGACCCAGUGACUGAGUACACUGGUCAGACAGCCAAUCAGAUAUUAACAGCACCUGUGUUAAACCACGCCCUCCUGUUUGUCAACAAAAGCUCUGCUGACUUUAAAGAGAUCUACUCUGGUUUUAACAGUGCUGCUACAGCAUUCAGGUUGAAGAUUUUAUUUGUGUGGGUGAACGUGGAUGAGCCCCGUAAUGGCAGGCUAAUGGAGUACUUCCAGGUUCGUGAUUUUGAGGCUCCACUCAUCCGAAUGGUCAACCUGACAGACCAUGUGACCUAUCACCUGCCUUCUGAAACUUUGGAUGUAGAAACCAUAAAAACAUUCUGCCAGUCCUACCUAGAGGGCAAGGCUAAGCCUAGGAUGCAGAGUGAGCCGAUACCUGAAGGUUGGGACAAACAGCCGGUGAAGGAACUGGUGGGAAUGACUCUGGAGAAAGUCGUCUUUAACCCCAACAAGACUGUUUUUGUCCUCUUCUAUCUUCCCUACAGUCAGGAGUCACGUGCUGUGUUUCCACUUUGGGAGGAGUUAGCUGAGACCUUGAAGGAUCGAGAAGACAUUGUCAUUGCUCGCAUCGAUGCCUCAGCCAAUGACAUCAACAUGUCAAUGCAGGGCACCUACCCAUCACUCUGUUUGUUCCCUGCUCUAUAUGCUGAAAGAAUGCUGGUUUACCCUGGUAAGAGGAAGUUGAAGGACCUGGUUAAGUUUGUAGAUAGAGAGAUGGAGAAAGCCAAAAAAGACAGAGUGAAGGAGGAUGAAGACAGGAGGAAGUACAUCGAGGCCAUAAAAGCUGAAGAGGCAAAAAAAGCCAACAAAUCCAAAGAUGAGCUUUAAUCCAAAAACAAAGAGAGUACACUGUGUG